AUGCACAUUACAUCUCCUCAUCUGGAACUGGAUGAGUAUCACAGCAAUGUGAUGAUUGAAGUGCUUGAACUAGUAAAACUCACCACAGCACUGGCACCUUGGGCACUGAUGCGAGCUCUGAGGAAAACUGUUGCUCCGGAAUUGUCGCUGUUCCUGCUCUUGUUUUGGCUUCCACAAUUCUUGUUCCCACUUCAGAUUUCUUUCAGAUUACUGAUUUUUUCAUCUUUAUUCGUUACUGAUUACUGA